AGCAAUUGCGGUAAGCAAAACUCGGCAUGAGCUUGUCAUCGACUGAAGUUAGCGCUCAGACUCAUCCUAUUCGUAACAUUAUGGCUUCUGCUUCAAUGGAGAAAGACCUGACAAUCAGGCUAUGGUAUGAUGAAUGACUUGCCUUGUUCAGAAUGCGCAGUUACAAGGAAGCUGGAUCACAAGAAUGCCAAAACAAUAAUGACUUGAUUGACUUGAUGCGGCAUUCCACGAAAUUUUAAAAAAAGUCAAAUGUGUCUCAGCAAAAAACGCAUGGUUAUGUUCCAGAGGACCGAGCAGACAUUUCGAAGGAUGGGGGAGGGUGGCCAUGAAACGUUGCGGGAUAGCCUGUUGGCUGUGCACUUGUCUACUACCUAAGCCUUUGUCUACGCACUGCAUAAGUGGCAGAUUCUGGGCUUGUUUAAACUCCGCUCCGCAGUAUAUAAGCACGUUAUCUAGUGUCACACCAACCUCACCAAGGUCUCACAACCAUCCUCGUACUCUCAACCACUCAGGUGAGUAUUUUAUGAUCCACCUCUAUAUGUAUGCAAGACUGACGAUGAGCUAUAGAAUGCAGAUCUUUGUCAAGACCCUCACUGGCAAGACCAUCACGUUAGAGGUGGAGUCCUCUGACACCAUCGAUAACGUUAAGGCCAAGAUCCAAGAUAAGGAGGGCAUCCCUCCUGACCAGCAGCGUCUCAUCUUCGCCGGAAAGCAAUUGGAAGAUGGUCGUACGCUCUCGGAUUACAACAUCCAGAAGGAGUCUACCCUUCACUUAGUCUUGCGUCUCCGCGGAGGCAUGCAGAUCUUUGUCAAGACCCUCACGGGGAAGACCAUCACGUUGGAAGUGGAGUCAUCCGACACUAUCGACAACGUGAAGGCGAAGAUCCAGGACAAGGAAGGCAUCCCUCCUGACCAACAACGUCUUAUCUUUGCUGGAAAGCAGUUGGAAGAUGGCCGUACGCUCUCGGAUUAUAACAUCCAGAAGGAGUCCACCCUUCACCUCGUCUUACGUCUUCGUGGAGGCAUGCAGAUCUUUGUCAAGACCCUCACGGGGAAGACCAUCACGUUGGAAGUGGAGUCAUCCGACACUAUCGACAACGUGAAGGCGAAGAUUCAGGAUAAGGAAGGCAUUCCUCCUGACCAACAGCGUCUUAUCUUCGCUGGGAAGCAGUUGGAAGAUGGCCGUACGCUCUCGGAUUACAACAUCCAGAAGGAGUCCACCCUUCACCUCGUCUUGCGUCUUCGCGGAGGUAUGCAGAUCUUUGUCAAAACUCUCACUGGGAAGACCAUCACGUUGGAAGUGGAGUCAUCCGACACUAUCGACAACGUGAAGGCGAAGAUUCAAGAUAAGGAAGGCAUUCCUCCUGAUCAGCAACGCCUUAUCUUCGCUGGAAAGCAGUUGGAAGAUGGUCGCACACUCUCUGACUACAACAUUCAGAAGGAGAGUACCCUUCACCUUGUACUCCGUCUUCGUGGUGGC